UGCCCUGGCCCGGCCUCGCCCUGGCCGCCCCCGGCAAGAUUUCCAGGGGCUGGCUGAGGGAGUUUCUCAAUCUGAGGAGUCUGUUGCAGCUAGCCACACACUUCUGGAUGUGAGUACUUUGUACUGGCCCCAAAGCCCCAAACCAGUGGUGGGAUCUUGUGCCUCUCAAGGCCCUGUCUAGCCCUGUCCUGUCUUCUGGGGCCUUGCUGUGGGACAGAGUCACCAUGGCGACUGAAGACUCCAUCAUCCGCAUCCCCCCCUACCACUACAUCCACGUGCUGGACCAGAACAGCAACGUGUCCCGCGUGGAGGUUGGGCCAAAGACUUACAUCCGGCAGGACAAUGAGAGGGUCCUGUUUGCCCCUGUGCGCAUGGUGACUAUCCCCCCACGCCACUACUGCACAGUGGCCAACCCAGUGUCCCGGGAUGCCGAGGGCUCAGUGCUGUUUGAUGUCACAGGACAAGUACGGCUCCGCCACGCUGACCUAGAGAUCCGGCUGGCCCAGGACCCCUUCCCCCUGUACCCAGGGGAGGUGUUGGAAAAGGACAUCACCCCACUGCAGGUGGUUCUGCCCAACACUGCCCUCCAUCUUAAGGCACUGCUGGAUUUUGAGGAUAAGAAUGGAGACAAGGUGGUAGCAGGAGAUGAGUGGCUAUUUGAAGGACCUGGCACUUAUAUCCCCCGGAAGGAGGUGGAGGUCCUGGAGAUCAUUCAGGCAACGAUCAUCAGGCAGAACCAGGCCCUGCGGCUGAGGGCCCGCAAGGAGUGCUGGGACCGGGACGGCAAGGAGAGGGUGACUGGAGAAGAAUGGCUGGUCCGCUCCGUGGGUGCUUAUCUCCCAGCAGUGUUUGAGGAGGUUCUGGAUUUGGUGGACGCUGUGGUCCUCACAGAAAAGACAGCCCUGCACCUCCGGGCUCGGCAGAACUUCCGAGACUUGAGAGGAGUGACCCGCCGCACUGGGGAGGAAUGGCUGGUGACAGUGCAGGACACGGAGGCCCACGUGCCCGAUGUCUAUGAGGAGGUGCUGGGAGUCGUGCCCAUCACCACCUUGGGCCCCCACAACUACUGUGUGAUUCUCGACCCCGUUGGACCGGAUGGCAAGAACCAGCUGGGGCAAAAGCGUGUAGUCAAGGGAGAGAAGUCUUUUUUCCUCAGACCAGGAGAGAGGCUGGAACGAGGCAUCCAGGAUGUCUACGUGCUGUCGGAGCAGCAGGGACUGCUGCUGAGGGCCCUGCAGCCCCUGGAAGAGGGGGAGGGGGAGGAGAAGGUCUUGCAUCAGGCUGGGGACCGCUGGCUUAUCCGUGGACCCCUGGAGUAUGUGCCGUCUGCCAAGGUGGAGGUGGUUGAAGAGCGUCAGGCCAUCCCUCUGGACCAGAAUGAGGGCAUCUACGUUCAGGACGUCAAGACUGGAAAGGUGCGUGCUGUGAUUGGAAGCACCUACAUGCUGACCCAGGACGAGGUCCUCUGGGAGAAAGAGCUGCCUCCUGGGGUGGAGGAGCUGCUGAACAAGGGGCAGGACCCUCUCGCGGACAGGGGUGCGAAGGAGACGGCCAAGACCCUUCAGCCCUUUGCUCCCCGGAACAAGACCCAUGUGGUCAGCUACCGUGUCCCUCACAACGCUGCUGUGCAGGUGUAUGACUACAGAGAGAAGAGAGCUCGCGUGGUCUUUGGGCCUGAGCUGGUGUCACUGGGUCCUGAGGAGCAGUUUACGGUGUUGUCCCUCUCGGCUGGGCGGCCCAAGCGUCCCCACACCCGCCGUGCCCUCUGCCUGCUGCUCGGGCCUGACUUCUUCACAGACGUCAUCACCAUUGAAACUGCAGACCAUGCCAGGCUGCAGCUGCAGCUUGCCUACAACUGGCACUUUGAACUGAGUGACUGGAAGGAUCCCCAAGAGACAGCCAAGCUCUUCUCAGUGCCUGACUUUGUGGGUGAUGCCUGCAAGGCCAUCGCAUCCCGGGUGCGGGGGGCUGUGGCCUCUGUCACCUUCGAUGACUUCCAUAAGAACUCGGCCCGCAUCAUUCGCACUGCUGUCUUUGGCUUUGAGACCCUGGAAGCCAAGGGGUCUGACAGCAUGGCCCUGCCCAAGCCCCGGGACCGCGCUAUCUUCCCCCAAAAUGGCUUGGUGGUCAGCAGCGUGGAUGUGCAGUCAGUGGAGCCUGUGGACCAGAGGACCCGGGACGCCCUGCAACGCAGUGUCCAGCUGGCCAUCGAGAUCACCACCAACUCCCAGGAGGCAGCCGCCAAGCACGAGGCUCAGAGACUAGAGCAAGAAGCCCGUGGCCGACUUGAGAGACAGAAGAUCUUGGACCAAUCAGAAGCUGAAAAAGCUCGCAGGGAACUCUUGGAGCUGGAGGCUCUGAGCACUGCUGUGGAGAGCACUGGGGCUGCCAAGGCAGAGGCGGAGUCCCGUGCAGAGGCAGCGCGCAUCGAGGGAGAGGGCUCCGUGCUGCAGGCCAAGCUAAAGGCAGAGGCCCUGGCCAUUGAGACGGAGGCUGAGCUCCAGCGGGUAAAGAAAGUACGAGAGCUAGAACUGAUCUAUGCCCGGGCCCAGCUGGAGCUAGAGGUGAGCAAGGCCCAGCAGCUGGCUGAGGUGGAGGCGAAGAAGUUCAAGCACAUGACGGAAGCCCUGGGCCCCAGCACCAUCAGGGACCUUGCUGUGGCAGGGCCAGAGAUGCAGGUGAGACUGCUCCAGAGCCUGGGCCUGAAAUCAACCCUCAUCACCGAUGGCUCCACUCCCAUCAACCUCUUCAACACAGCCUUGGGUCUGCUGGGGCUAGGGUCUGAGGCCCAGCCUCCGGUCAAAAAAGCAGCCAAGGGGCCCGACCCCCAAGAAGGCCUACCUCUCCAGUUCCCUGCCGCCCCUCAAGCUCUUGGAAGCAAGAGCAUCAUGCCUUAGCUCCAUACUGUGCUGACAAAUAAAACUCACACUUCUGGGCAUUUAAA